CUGAAGAAGAGAAUAGAUGUGAUCGAUGUUAUCACAUAUUGAUACGCACAUAUUUACGAGCUGAGAAGAUAAGACUGAAAACGAGCGUAAUGCACGAUGUCAUUAAAAUGAUGAUCGAUAUUCGCGAAUGACUUCCUCUCUCUGAGUCUAAUGUAUUCGGACAACGUCGAAUUCAUAUUGGUCGCAUGUGAUUCCACGUGUUCCGCAAUAACAAGGUGAUACCACGCAGCCGCUUGUAUAUAGAUAGUGAAGGAUCAUCGGAGAUAUGAUGAUGUCUCUUUGACUCUUGACGAACUACGAGGACCGCCUUUUGCUCGGAAUAAUUCGAUCGUCGAUGAGUGACACAACGAGAUAACCUUCAAGUACAUGUGACAUUUCGCGUAGAGCAUAUUUAUAGCUUGAUCAAGAGAAAGAAGGAAGAAAAAAUCAGGAUAAAUUUAAUUUUGUGAAAAAAAUAAACCGAAUGAUUUAAGACAGAAGAAAUAGGGAUAGAUUCUCUUAAAACAUAUAUCCAAUAAUGCUGCGUCGAUUGCGUAUUAAAGCUUUGGCUGCUGUGCCAGUUCGAAAAAAGCCUACGCAGAAUUCAGCAGAUUCUACUGAAACUAACAAUGACAUUGAUAAGGAAAAGAAUGAAGAAAACAUAUCUAAUAUCAAUGAGACAGAACAAGAAAUUAUUAAAGAUGUUGCACAAGUAAAAGAACAGAAAGAAAAAGAUGUGAUUAAGACUGAUAUAUUCGAACAAAAAGAACAAAAAGAAAAAGAUACUUCCAGUAUUGAUGAACAAGAAAAACUAAAAGAGAAAGAUAUACCUUGUAUUGAUAUACCAGAAGCUGCCAAAGAUAUUGCAAAGGUCGAAGAGGAAACUAAAAAGAAACAAGACAAAAUCAAUUUAAGAGAAUCAGUUAUAGUUAAACUAGAUUCCCAAGAAUUAUGUUCUCCAAUUAAAUCAUAUUCUCGAGAGUUACAUGCUCAGGCAAAAUCAAAUUCUCAAAAAUCUCCAUCUCCACUAAAAUCAGACUCUCAAGAAUUACAUACUCAGGCAAAGCUAAACUCUCAAAAAUCUUCAUCUCCAUUAAAACCAGACUUUCAAGAGUUACAUGCUCAAACAAAGCCAAACUCUCAAGAGUUACAUGCUCAGGCAAAGCCAAAUUCUCAAAAAUCUUCAUCUCCAGUAAAAUCAGACUCUCAAGAAUUACAUACUCAGGCAAAGCUAAACUCUCAAAAAUCUUCAUCUCCAUUAAAACCAGACUUUCAAGAGUUACAUGCUCAAACAAAGCCAAACUCUCAAGAGUUACAUAUUCAGGCAAAACCAAACUCUCAAGAAUCUCCAUCUAUUGGAUUCAAACUUGACAAAGUUACUGAUCAAUCAAUUCAAAAAAAUAUUCUGCCAUCAGAUGUGUCUACAGUAACAGAUAUUGUUUCUCCUACAAAGGUAAUACAGAAUCGUCCAUGUUUUAUGAGACCUACACCAAGAUUGGACAGUAGCGGUAGAAUAAGAAAGAACAGUAUACAAGGAAGCGGUGCGAGCGCAAGUGAAUCCGAGGAUGAACACAGCAAGAGAGUCGCAUCCGUCGUGCCGAACCGCGUACGAAAUGAUUCUGUCUGCUCUGUACAAAGCAAUAAGGAAAUUAAUAUUAAUGAUAAUCAAAACAGUCCUCAGAAAAUUAAAAUAACGCAGAAAAGACGUACGCUAGUUUCGGAAUCUGCAAGAAAGCUGGCCGAAGCUAGAAGGGAAUUUUUACUAAAACACGAAAAUAGAGCACCUGAUAGAAGUCAAUUGAAAAUGUACGACUUGAUAUAUUAUAAUCCAGUGACAAAUCCUAUGAAAACAUUGUCAGUUGAACGUAGAGCUGAAUCAGUAACUACACCACAACCAGUGGAAAUACCGGAAGAGGAAGACGAAGAUGAUCCAUCGGCAAUGCCCACGCCGCAAGUGAAAGUGGGUCCCGAUGGUCAGUUGAUAAUAGAUGAACAAAGCCUUGUGAUAGAGCAGCCGGAUGUGAGAAGAGAUGAAGAAAUGUUGACGAAUAGUGUUACUAUAGAAGAUGAUAAUUUCCAUAGCGGCGGUUUCUAUAAAAGGCAUAAGAGGAGCAAGGAAUGGCCGAAAUGGGAAACAUUUAAAUUUUAUAGAGUUUUAAAUGUAGUAGGUACGGAUUUUCUAUUGAUGCAGACAUGCUUUCCAAAUAGAAGUAGACAAGAAAUUAAACAGAAAUAUAAGAAGGAGGAAAGGGUUAACCGACAAUUAGUUGAAAAAGCUCUCAAAUAUCAUCAAGAAUUUGAUACUGAUAUGCUACAAGAGCAACUAGAAACACUACAAAAUCUGGAAAAUAUACAAAACACAAACAAAAAAGCACCAGAGAAAUCUAAGACUGGACAAUCCUUGAGCAGAAAUCAAAGAAAACGCAAGCGUCGAUUAGUAGCGGAAAGUAUUGGAGAAUGUGGAUCACUAUCCAACGAUUUAGAAGCUGAAGAUACUAUAGUAUCGACGACAAACGAUGAAAUCGAUAUAGAAAUUUGUAGCGAUACAAAUAACAUUCCGCAACAAAUGGCAAAGAAAAAAGCGCGGAGAUCGAAAAAGCGUUCGGACGACAAAUUCAAUGAUUAUAGCUCUUGUACAGAUGCUGAUUCGGACAGUUCUGAGGAAGUUUAUCAACUCAGACCGACUAGAUCUGGCAGAUUGUCGAAAAAGAUAAGGAAGUUACAAGCGCCUGACUUAACUACACGUAAUAAUAUAGAGAAAGAAUUACCAGUAGACAACAAGAUACCGUCACAUGUAGCCGUGGAAAUUACAGAAUAUGUAAAUACACAAGUUACGAAUAGCGAAAAUACGGAAACGUCUUGUUCCGAUAAUAUUAUGUCGAUGAUACCAAAUAUUAAUCAAAUGGAACCAGGAGCCUUAGUAAUCGUCUCGAAAGAAUCUGCAGAGAGUCCUGGAAAUACUAUUUUACAAGUUUAUAUGGUUGCCUCCAAUGACUCUAACACAACAGUUACAUCUAGCACGGCUGGGAAUCAGCUAUCGAAGCCAUCUUUGACCAAUCAAUCGGAAAAUACCGAACCGAUUGAUAUUGUGGAUGAUUCUAAAAAAUGA